AUGAAGUACGGCUCUACCAUCCUCCUCGCGGCUUUUGCUGCCACCAAUGUCUUCGCCCACGGUGUCAUCGACAGUGUCCAGGGUGCUAACGGCGUCACCCUUCCCGGUCUCUCUUUGAUCGAUGGCACACCUCGCGACUGCGCUUCUCCCCGCUGCGGCUCCGAGGCCGACACCUCCAUCAUCCGUGACCGCGAGCUCGGCACCGACAGAGCCUCCGCACUCGGCCGUACCCAGGGCGGUGGUCCCGUUGACGCUGCUGCAAUGGUUCAGACAUUCAUGAACGGCGCUGCUGGCAACACGACCGCAGCCAAGCAGGCCCGCGAGGUCCACGAGGCCAUGAUGGCUCGCCGCAACAUCAACAUCGCCGCUCGUCAGAACGGCGGGGGUCAGAAGACCGCCAAGGGCACCGUCGAGACUGGUGUCAAGGCUGCCACCGGCAUGGCUGCCGGCCAGGGCAUGCCCACGACCACUGACGACGGAACCAUCAAGAUGACCUUCCACCAGGUCAACCAGGAUGGUGCCGGCCCCCUCACCGCUGACGUCGACGGCACCUCCGGCGGCACUGACCCCAGCGCCUUCAAGAAGGCCGAGGUCACCCAGAACGUCCCUGGUAUUGGUAUCGGCGGUCUCUCCGGCGCUUCCACUAUGGACUUCAACGUCGCCGUCAAGAUGCCCGCCGGCAUGACCUGCGACGCAAACGUCGGUGGCGCCAGCAACGUCUGCGUCGCCCGCCUUCGCAACGCCGCCCUCGCCGGACCUUUCGGUGGAUCCGUCGCCUUCACCCAGUCCGCGACCGCCCGCAAGCGCGCCGUUGAGUUCAAGCUCCGCAAGCGCACCGAGGCCCGCGCUUUCAAGGCCUAA